GAGAAGGGGAGAAGUGUAUGAGUCAACACUUGUAACGCUCGAACUGCGAGGAAAGGCAGAAAGCUUAGAGAGAGAGAGAGGGGGAGACAGAGAGAGUCGCCGCCAUGAAUCCAAGCAAAACAGAAGACGAUUUGUUCCACAAUCUGGACCCUCCGAUCAUAGACCACCGGAGCGAAUCACAGCCUUCGAUUAUGCCCUUCCCCCUUCCUCCAAUGUCCGAGAUCGUCCUCUACCGGGACGACGACGACGAAGAAGACGAUGACUCAGUCAGUCAAAAUUCAUCUGACGCCGACGACGCAGCCGGAAACAACUGCUGCCUCCUCGGCUCCGCCGUGGCGAACGAGGCCAACGAGAAUAACCCCAGGGUUAAGCGGCCAGGGUACGUUGAUCCCCUGCCACAUGUAUCGACACAAUUCUACACAUUCAACAGUGAAUCUCACGCCCUAAUGAUUCGCUGUGUGCUGGAUGGGCGGGUAGCGAGCCCAGACGAGAUCCGAGCCGCGACACCGAAGACGGUGCUGGCGAGCUGGCGCGCCGUGUGGAAGGACCGGAACGAGGACACGGCGUACGUGACGGCGUGGAAGCGGAUCCAGGAGAAGCUUAUCGUCCACGUUGACCCAAACGGUAACCAAUUCUUGUGCUUCAAGAAUAAUUCAAGUCAAUUCGUUUCGCACAUUGACCAGUGGCAGGACAUAGUCACGAGUUUCCAUGGCGAUGCUGAUUUGAAACACUUAGGGCUUAAAGAAACCAUAGAGAGAAUUAAGCAAGCGUGGACCGUAGGCGCUAAAUUUUAUGGAAUUCCCGAGUCAUUUAUUAGGGCUUGUGUGGCGGAAUGCCCUGUCUGCUCUGAUGCCUCGGGGUCUAUGCAACGGACUAAACGUAGGAGAUUUGAGUACACUGAGUCAUUUGAUGUGCCAGCGAAGGAAGUGCCCCGCAAGUUGCAACAAUUGGCAGCAAAACACAAAGUUGUGUUAUGCAUAAGACAGAAGUACAUAAGGUAUAAGCCAUUUAUGGCAGAGGUUAAGGAUUAUGCAUGCCACCGGGCAGGAGAGCCAGCAUCCUCAAAGAAAUCAAGGAUUUUGAAGAGGGAACCAUAUGUGUCGAAGCGGUGUGGUUGUGGGUUUCGGAUAAGGGCAAUUGUGCCCAUUGCUAAUUACAACGAGAAGGAUAAAACAUUUGUGUAUCAAGAAGAGGGGAUGGCAGUGUUUAAGUUGUAUGCAGUCCAUUCGGGGCAUGAACCUGGGCCGUUGGAUGGCAAUGCUAGGAUUAUGCAUAGAGUCGUGGGCCAUAAAGGGGCAUAUUUGGUGGAUCAAGAAACCGUAUAUGGAAUGAGUGAGGAAAUGGAGAAUGGAGGUUUUGGCUUUAUGGGGAAGGACGGAGGGGAUAUGCACCUUUCAGUUCUACAACAAGUGCAGGAAUUAAGGAAUGUAGUUGGAAUGCUCGAAGGGAGAAUUGCAAAGCUCCCCAGCCAGCAGUUGAGUUUAGUAUCACAAGAAUUGUUUGAUGUUGUAAAUAAAGUAAAAGCCAUAGGAGAAUACAGCUCAAAGCCAGUUGAAUUUCUUUCUGACAAGUUGCAUUCAGAUGAUGUUCUGUUGGGAGAAAGUGAUUUAGCAGAUUGGGAUGAUCAUCAUCAUGAAAGAAUAUAUGGUGAUGGCAAGGAUGCAGAAUUGAUUGAAGACGAUGAAGAUAGCUUUGGGCGAACCCUUGGGGAUGUUGCAUCCUGGAGUCAGAUUGGAGCAGAGCAUAGGAGUGAGAAGGAUCUGCUGGGUGAUGAAUGCAAACCUGAAAAGUGGCUGAAAUGCAGUGAGUUCGCUGACAAGAGCAUUCUUGACUGUGAGGCUUCCAAAAUAACCAAGCACAUAAGGCAUGAUGAAAAUAUAGCAUCUGAUGUAGGUCUUACUGGUAUACAGGUUGAUAGCUUCUUCCCGGAGAAUCCUAAAUGGUAUGAUUCCCCUUGUGCAUUGGACUCUGGUACAGAUUGUGGUGAUAAUGGAUUCAGGGAUGGGGGGAUUGUUUAGGAUCUUAUAGAGUUGGGAUAACCCACUCUAAUAUAUAUAAUCAUAAGUACAUUAGGUAUUGUUCGUACCGUUUUCACAUUUGAAGUGGGUUGUAAAUUUAUGUAUGCAGAACAUUGGAGUCCUCUAACAUGCAUUUAGAUAUCCAUGCUGUAUGUGGAUCUGUAAAGUAUAGCCGCUUGGCGUCUCUGCGUGUACCCUCUUUUCUAACUUUUGGUGUCCAUUUUAUGGCCUUCAACUUUUAAAACUUCUCAGUA